CAGCCUCGGGGGCAUGGGUCUGCUGGUCAGCGGACUCUGCAUGGCCACCAAGAACCUGCAGGUGACCAUGCCCGGACACUACGUCCUGCACCCCCGCACGGGCACGUGCUUCAGCCCGCAGCAGGCGCUGGCCAUACAGAGUCUUUGACGCUUCACCGAGUGUGAACUUGCUCUACUGUGCCUUUUAAAAUGGCUGCGCCGAACCCAAACCCAGAGCGAGGAGCAGGAAGCUGCUGCUGCUGGAAAGCACCCACAUUGUUUUGUGAUGGAAUGAAGCGCGGCUUCAAUGAGACCAGCACCACGGUUCCUCUGUGCAUCUGCAUUCUUUGCUACCAUCACCUCACGCCAACGCAGUGCCUUGACCACAGUCACUAUUAUCCAGCUCUCAGCUUUGCUUUCCUUGUUGUAAUGUUACUGUGAGCCGGUUAACGAGUAGCUGGUGCCUCUGUGGGUGGCGUCGCCUCUGAUUGUUUAUUUAAAAGAAAAACACACGCUGAGAGGAUGAGAGAUGCAGCGUUGUGUCCCGGCGAAGCCGCCAUGAACACUUACUCAACAGAACAGCGGCGUGACGCUGAGUCGUCACCGGCGUGGCACAAGGUGACCUCUCCACCUAGGGGCACCUGCAACCCGAUCCCCCACCCGGGCCGGGUCGGGCCGGAGCAGGCUGUCUCCAGGCUGUAAUGAGCAGCCGAGCGGAACCCUGGGCGCCCGUUCUCCGCCCUCACCUUCAAGGACGACCGCCAGCCCUUGUGACAGGCACCAGUAGGAGCUGCGUGGGCCGAGGCAGCACAUGGCGGAGGGGAAGCCCUAUCGGUACGGGCUGAUGGCGGCGGGCCUGUGCGUGGUGGCGCUCGGCCUCUUCGUCAUGACGCGGGAGCGGCCGCACGUCUACGCCACCAUGUGCCUCCUGGGCGUCGCCAUGGUGACCGCAGGGACGGUGUGGAGCCUCUGUCAGUGCUACCCCAAGGUGGUGGUGGCCCCUCGCGUUCAGGAGAAAGACCUGGAGGGUCUCAUACGUCCUGCAGCUGAAAUGAAGGAUGAAAGAACGGCUGAGGCAGCGCCCAGUGUGCGUGGAGGGCAGUCCAGCAGCAGCAGACUCCUGCCUGAAGCCCACAGCUGUCCCACGUUACACCUGGUCUGAAGGAGGGUUCCAGCACAACUCUGGAAUGGACAGCGUGUUAUUUUCAGAACAUCACAUGAUUCAUUUUCACAACUACCUGAACUGACUCCAACUGUGGACAUUUGAAGCAAACAAAGUAAUUUUAUUUGGUUUGAAUUAUGAUUUUUCUUAUUGUAUAAUAACAGAAAUAUCCUUUGUAUGAAGUGCAUUUACAUUAUUUCUUCACUCUCACAAUAAACACAAACUGAAUCAGUGAAA